UGAAAGUAAUUAAAGCCCUUAUGGCCACUUAAUACGUUACGACUAACGAAAGUUCUGCAUUCAGCGAAAGUGAUUCCCAAAAUCGUAAAAUUCAUAUUAUUGUUAACCCAGUCACGCGGUUGUUUCAAGUUGAAAGAGUUGCGUGACUACCGUUAACCCACACUAAAUAGUGCAACUUUGGCACGCAGAAAAAUUAAGAGCCCUGCGGAACAGAUUUACACAUGACAAUAGGAUCUUGGACAGAAAUAAUUCAUUGCCUCCCAAUCAAAGCUAUCCUAUUCUAUGUUUAUAUGUAUUCUGUCAUCCUAUUCAACCGUUCCUCUUGCUAAGUAUAAGAUGCGCGCUCACUGCACGGACUUUGAUCGGACGGAUGCACAAAGUACCUUAUCAGUGCCUCUCAAAGGCAGAUCCCAUUCGGUCGGGCAUGAAUAAAUGAUCGCUGUUGGCGAGGGCGACAGACACAGAAACAGAGGGGAUGGAAGCAGUCGCGCCUCGGACUUUAAAUACACAAGUCGUGAUGAAUUUGUGGGCGUCGUGAGCAGAUAAUGUGUCUAUAUAGGGGCGCAGCCAUUUCAGUUUCAGUGUGGGUAACCGCCGAGAUCUUUGUGAUGAGAUUGAUAAUUUGGCCCGCUCUGCUUCUGUUUGUUGGACGCCUUUGCUUUUCACGAGGCACUACGUCAGGAAAUAGGAAUUCGUUAAGAAAAAUUUAAGCAGCCUUCAUUUCCCCAAUCAACUCUCCCCACAUCGGUCAUGACAGAACAGCUGGGUUUAUUGUUUUGGAUACUACUGUGUGAUUGGUUUAAGAGGCCGCUUCUUCAGUUCAUUCAAGCGCUCCUGGAACACGCUCUAUGGUGCGUCCCAAGCCGAAAAUGAUCCGCGCCGCCGGGAUAGUGGACGACCCGGGUCGGGUGGCACCGCUGCCCUACCUCAACUUCCUCCGCUACCUGAAGCGGAACGUCUUUCGCCGCUCCGAUCUGCGCCACUUACUCCAGGUGGGCCUCGUCCAUUGGAACGCGCUGAGCGAUGCCAAGAAAAGGUUGUUCGAGCCAGAACGCAUUUUGGCCCGUGUGGCUCGCAUACGAAGGACUACUCGGCGGCGCAGAUUGCUGCGCCGUAAUCAGCAUGGCCAAAAAGGACGGACUGCAGUGCGACGCCCGAUCUACGAUAAGCGUCCUCCGCCUAGUCGCCGCAGACCCAAGUAAAGGCUGUCCCGUUGGACCUGAACACCUAGAAGUUGUUACGUUCGUUCACCUGAAGCUUAGCCAGGGCACACUUUCAAAUACGUCAAAGGCCCAAUACCUUUCUUUGCUUUACAGUCCACAUUUCUAUCUUUCCCUUUGCGGUGGUUCUGUGACCCAGUGGCAGCGACGUGCUCUACUACUAAUAAGCUGGUCACAUGAGCCGCCGUCUAGCGUGGAGAGGUCGACAAAGAAUCCUACUUAACCUCUAGUAACCAACUUGCCUCGACAGAUUGUCUUGCGUAAUCAAGACUCGGUCGCGUGGGUUGCUGGAGACAUGCAAACCAAUACCCUGAAAUCACUUUCACUUUUUCCACUGCCUUUGGACUCUUUCGCAUUUCGCCCGCUGAAGAGGAGGCACAGUCCGCAAGUACUUCCGGUUGUCUCUG